AUGAGAAAAGGUCUACGACCGGGACCAAGUGUGAGGGCGGAGUCGCUAGACGCAGUCAACUUGUCAGCGGUGUCAGGAGGCGAAGCGACACUACCCUGCGAUACUCGCUCGCCCCAGCCACCUGACGCUCUGUUGCUUGUCGUCUGGUAUAAGGACGACGUCCCUAUAUACAGUUACGACGGACGGGUUAAAGGCCCAUCAGCACACUGGGCUGAUGCGUCCUUGGGGGGCAGAGCCAGGUGGCACGCGUCGCCUCACUCUGCGCUAAAGAUACGUGACGUGGUCCCCACCGACAGGGCACUUUACCGAUGCCGCGUGGACUUCAAAGUGUCACCCACUAAGAACUACAAGCUCGUGCUACACGUCAUAGAGUUACCAGAAAAGCCGAAGAUAUUUGACGAGACCGACAAGGAAAUAACUGGCAUUGCCGGCCCCUACAUAGAAGACACAAGUCUCAAACUUACCUGUGUUGUAAGUGGAGGAAAACCAACGCCACGAGUUCGCUGGUGGCGUGACGACAAAAUGGUUUCCAAACUGGAUCCAAUAGAGGACGGAUCCCAACUCAGUACUCUAGAUCUGAAGAUACCAAAAUUGAAAAGGGAAUACUUUGAAGCAGUGUACACGUGUACAGCGGACAACACAGCGCUAGUUCCUCCACUCAAAGCCAAUGUUCAAAUUCAAUUGCAUUUGCGACCCCUCCUAGUAGAGAUACUGUCAAGAGAACAGCCACUUUCAGUUGGAAAUGAAGCUGAACUAGCCUGCAGAGCAGUUGGAGCCAGACCGUCAGCUAUCAUUACAUGGUGGCUAGAUAAUAAGCAAAUGACUGUUGUUGACGAGCAGAAGGAUUCAGAAGAUCGCAAUGAAACAAUAUCGUUUUUACGUUGGACACCUCGCAUGGAGGAUGAUGGACACACCCUCAAGUGUAGAGCUUCGCACUCAAAACUUGAAUAUGCUACGCUUGAAACAAGUAUCAAAUUGGAUUUACAUUUUAUGCCAAUAGUUACGCUGCAGUUAGGAUCGAAGAUGAAUCCUAACGACAUAGAAGAAGGGGACGACGUUUACUUCGAUUGCGUCGUGAAUGCCAAUCCGCCAGCUUAUAAAGUUGUAUGGGAACAUAAUGGUCAAGUAAUGACGCACAACCAGCGCGCUGGAGUAAUAGCUGGUUCAGCGCAUCUCGCACUGCAAGGAGUAUCGAGAGAACAGGCGGGGAAGUACGUCUGCAUAGCCUCCAACGUGGAAGGCGAUGGACGGUCAGACGCCGUUCAUUUGCAAGUUAUCUAUAAACCAGUUUGCAAGAAUCCCAUGACUGCGAUAGUCGGAUCUGCUAUCAACGAAGCGGCCAAAGUGACGUGCGAAGUGGAUGCAUUUCCCAUACCGAAGAAUUUUCAAUGGGUUCUAAAUAACACAUUAGGGACUGUUGAAUUGGAUUCUGGAAAAUUCACGGUAGGUGCUGGCCGGUCGAUUCUAACUUACACCCCUACAUCUGAAACGGACUACGGUUCCCUCUCGUGUCGGGCCACGAAUUUGGCGGGGCAACAGAUUGAGGCGUGUAGGUACACGCUUUUGCCCGCUGUCAAACCGGAUCCACCUACUAAUUGUUCAGCAAGAAACUUGACAGAUGAUUCGGCUGAACUGCGAUGUGCUGCCGGUUAUGAUGGCGGCUUGCAGACGACAUACUUUGUGGAAGCUUGGGCAGCCGGAGAGCUGGUCGCAAACGUCUCCACAAUUACUCCAGUGUGGAAACUCCAAGGUCUCGGAUCUGGAAAAGCGUUGAAGUUGAUCUUUUAUGCUCAUAAUGCGAGGGGACGGUCAGAUAUCACCAUGUUAAGGGUGCAUACGUUAUCCAGACUCGCGUUGCAUACAGAGGCUAAGAGCAAUCACAGUGGCGUCGAUACGAGUUGGGCCCUGGGCAUCAUCGCAGGAAUCAUUGGCACUCUAGCUGUUCUUGCUGCUGUAGCUCUGCUAGCCAGGAAGAGACAUAGACCUCUACAAUAUGAAGCGCCGGUGCAAACGGUGAAGGCAUACAAAGCCUCGAUGCAAAGUGCGAACCACUCACCCAUAGGAGACGACAAGAACCCGGACGUAGUUCCACUCGGAAAAGAUUUCAAUUGCACCCGGGACUGUGAACGACCACCAGAGCCACCUCCUUACGCGGCUGUGGUGUCGCCACCUGUCGGGUCAAGUCGCAGUGUUCACAGUUUACACGAUACGAGGUCGAAUACGCCUCACACUCCUAAUACACCAGCGUCUGAUGCUCAAAGCAUCGGUACGUUAGCUGAGGACCGACGAAGUGUGACUAGUGGAACUCUGUCUCGACGAAGAGAAGUUGUCACCACGAGAACGCCACUUCUUGCGAACGCCAGAGAAAGUUGUGUAUAA